ACUGAAUCAGCCCCUACACACACACACACAUACAUAUACAGAUAUUAAAACCGUCACACAGGGGGAAGCGGCAUUCGGCAUUGGCGCUGUGUUUUAUACGCGAUGCGAUUUUGUUGGCGUGCAGACGUCUUUACGGUGAAAAACAAAUGAAAAUCAAAGUCGAACGAGCGCAUAAAACUAUCUAAUUGGAAACAGAACAAGUAUAGAAGCAUAUCGAAUCGAAUUUUUAUCGCCAACUCGCAAGCUAAACAAAGUUUGCGUGAAUGUGUGGGUGUGUGUGAGUCAGUAAAGGAAAGUGCAUUUGCAAUUUCAUGAAUGUAUGUAUGUGUGUUUGUUUGUGUUAAUUACGUAGCAAAGACGUGAAAAGGGUGCUGCCACAGCGGCACCUACGAGCGCACCAGGACGUUUCAAUUGGAGUCAACGAGUUGCGUUCAAUUUGUUGCAUUGAAGUGCAGCUAAACCAAGAACCUGUUGUUGUUAUUAUUAUUGCUAGUGGGCCAAAAACAAAGUGCAGAGGAAACGAACGGAAAAAUCGAUUGUGCUCAUUUUUGUUUUGGUUCAUGUUUGUGCAGAAUUGUGUGAGUCUGUAUGUGUGUGCGCUUGUUGUUGUGUGUAAGACUUAACAAGAAGAGAUACAAAGACGUCGCGCGUAUUGCAACAAUAACAUAAUCAAGACAAUAAUUCUCAAUAACAGUGUCCAUUAUCCAGAGGACAUCAAUGCACAUGGCAUGACUCAUGCAACGCUGCAUAAUAAGGCUACAAAUAAGCUAGAAAAAUGAAAAAUCAUCAAAAGUAUGCAAAAUUACCCCAAGAUUUGGAUUUGAGCUUUCAAAGUGAUUUGGAUUUGCUGCCGGACACAGCAGCCGAUAUCGAUGAAUAUAAUUUGAGUGGCACGCCACCUGCUGGUUUAGUACUAAACGACGACGACGACGGCGACGACGAUAACACUGGCGGUGUUGGUGGCGACGACGGCGACGGCGACGACGACGAAGACGACGAAAUUGUCAUUGCAGCGCAGGUUGUGGGCGGCGGUAAAGGGGGCGGCGGACUGCGUUUAGCCACGCGUAAACAGCGCAAACAGCGCAAACAACAGUUGGAGCAGCUGCACAACAACAAGAAUAAAAUCUGCGGACUGGGCAGUGAUAGUGUUAUCGAGACGGGUCUAACCCUCACACCCGAGAUGUUGCUCUCUACCUCCGAGUCAUCGACGCACAGCGCUUCCGAGGUAGCAGGACGAUUGCAGGUGGAUGUGCGCACCGGUUUGAAAUGGACAGAGGCUAAAUAUCGGGCUAAAAUCAUUGGCCAUAAUGAGCUAAAUGUUAUUGAGGAGGAGCCCACUUGGAAGAAGUACAUUGAGCAGUUUAGGAAUCCUCUUAUUCUUUUGCUCCUGGGCUCCGCUUUGGUCUCGGUGAUCAUGAAACAGUUUGACGAUGCCGUCAGCAUAACCAUUGCCAUAUUGAUUGUGGUCACAGUGGCUUUCAUACAGGAAUAUCGCUCCGAGAAAAGCUUGGAGGAGCUGAAGAAACUGGUGCCGCCAGAGUGUCAUUGUUUGAGGGAGGGACGCCUCGAUACGUUCCUGGCACGUGAACUUGUGCCCGGAGAUGUGGUGUAUCUCAAUGUGGGAGAUCGUGUGCCCGCCGAUGUGCGUCUCUUCGAGGCUGUGGAUCUCUCAAUUGACGAGAGCAGUUUCACCGGUGAAACGGAACCGGCUCGAAAGAUCACCGAUGUUUUGCUCAACAAUACGAACACGAAGGACCACAGCAAUAUGAAGAAUAUUGCAUUCAUGGGCACCUUGGUGCGUUGUGGCAAUGGCAAGGGCGUUGUGGUCAGCACCGGGGAACGCAGCGAGUUUGGUGAGGUCUUCAAGAUGAUGCAGGCCGAGGAGGCGCCCAAGACGCCGUUGCAGAAGUCAAUGGAUAUUCUAGGUGCCCAGUUGAGCUUCUAUUCCUUUCUCAUCAUUGGCGUCAUCAUGUUGCUGGGUUGGCUGCAGGGCAAACCCAUUUCGGAGAUGUUCAACAUUAGUGUAUCCCUCGCUGUUGCCGCUAUUCCGGAGGGUCUCCCCAUUGUGGUGACCGUCACUCUGGCUCUGGGUGUCAUGCGAAUGGCCAAACGCAAUGCGAUUGUCAAGAAGUUGCCCACCGUGGAAACCCUGGGCUGUGUCAAUGUCAUCUGCUCGGAUAAAACUGGCACGUUGACCAAAAACGAGAUGACGGCCACGAUUAUCAUUACCUCCGAUGGAUAUAUGGCGGAUGUGACUGGAGCCGGAUAUAACGAUCAAGGGGAGAUUCACAUUCGUCACUGCAACAAUGUGGAAAUGGCCAAGACCAAUAUCACAAAUCUAUUGGAAAUUGGUGCCGUUUGUAAUAACGCCUAUAUACAGAACGGCACACUCCUGGGACAGCCGACAGAGGGCGCUCUCGUGGCAGUUGCCAUGAAGAAUGGCAUGUAUGCCACAGCUGAGAAUUAUGUACGCAUUCAGGAGUAUCCCUUUAGCUCGGAGCAAAAGAUGAUGGCCGUCAAGUGUAUUCACAAGUACAACAACAACAAGGAGGAGAUCUUCUUUGCCAAGGGCGCCUUGGAAACCCUUUUGCCCCAAUGCACCAAAUAUCAAUUUGGCACCCAGACGGUGCCACUGACCAAACAGAAUGAGGCUGAAUUCCUUGCAGAGGCUUAUGAAAUUGGACGCAAGGGCUUGCGUGUCUUGGCCCUGGCCAAAGGACGUUCCAUGCAGGAUUUGAUUUAUUGCGGUCUUGUGGGUAUUACCGAUCCCCCGAGACCCCUCGUUAGGGAGUCCAUCGAGAUGCUGAUGCAGAGCGGCGUUCGUGUCAAGAUGGUCACUGGAGAUGCACAGGAAACUGCAAUGGCUAUUGCAAAUUUGAUUGGCAUUGACACCAUACACCAUCAGACGCUGUCUGGCCAGGAGAUGGAUCAAUUGAAUGAGCACCAACUGGACAAGGUGGCCAACAAUGUGAGCGUCUUCUAUCGCGUCUCGCCGCGCCACAAGUUGGAGAUUGUCAAGUCGCUGCAACGCACUGGCAACAUUGUGGGCAUGACUGGGGAUGGAGUCAACGAUGGAGUUGCUUUGAAGAAGGCGGACAUUGGCAUUGCGAUGGGCAAGAAUGGCACUGAUGUGUGCAAGGAGGCGGCUGACAUGAUAUUGGUCAACGAUGAUUUUCAUACCAUUAUCGCCGCCAUUGAGGAGGGAAAAGGCAUCUUUUACAAUAUUAGGAACUUUGUGCGCUUUCAGUUGAGCACUUCCAUAGCUGCAUUGGCAUUGAUUGCAUUGGCCACCUUAAUGGACAUUGCCAAUCCAUUGAAUGCCAUGCAGAUACUGUGGAUCAACAUUAUAAUGGAUGGGCCGCCGGCACAAUCGCUGGGCGUGGAGCCCGUGGAUCAUGAUGUGCUCAAGCAGAAGCCACGCAAUGUUAAGCAACCGAUGAUCACGAAAUCUGUGGUGGUCAAUGUGCUCCUCAGUGCCAGCAUCAUUGUCCUGGGUACAUUGUGGGUGUUCCAGCGUGAAAUGGCCGAUGGGACGCUGGGCAAGACAAAGCGGGAUACGACAAUGACAUUCACAUGCUUUGUGUUCUUUGACAUGUUCAAUGCGCUCUCCUGUCGCUCCCAGACGAAGAGUGUGUUCACCAUUGGACUGACCACCAAUCGCAUGUUCCUGCUGGCCGUUGCCUUCUCGAUAAUUGGCCAAAUGCUUGUCGUUUACUUUCCGCCACUCCAGAUGGUAUUCCAAACGGAGGCGCUGACGCCCUAUGACAUACUCUUUCUGGUCACGCUCACCUCAUCCGUGCUGAUUGUUUCCGAGAUCAAGAAAUGGUUCGAGCGUUCCCUGGAGCGCAAAAUGUACAGCACACGCUCCGAGCUGGACUUUGUAUGACAAAACGCAAGCGCUAGAGAAGAGUUGCAUCCAAAAGCCGAGUAAAUUAAACAAUAACAAAAUAAAAAAAAAAACCACAAAAAAAUAGCAAAACUAUGCAAAAACCAAGUGAGGAGCGUGGCAGCGUCAACGGGGUGAGAGUGAGGAUGAGAAAACGACCAUAGAGAAGAAAAGGAGAGAAAAAUAGCGACAUGUGUGUUUAAUUUUACAUUUAACUUAGUCAGCGCCAAAGCCAACAAUAAAUUAGCCCAAAUCGAGAAUCGAAUAUACCAAUCGAACCAAUCGAACCAAAAUUCCAAUAUGUCAAUACAUCAAUAUAUCAAUAUAAAUACGUCAAGUUGUCAAUAUCUUCGGAUCGAGCAUAUUCCAAUUGAUUUCUCAAAUGUAGUAGCAACAAAUGUAAGCAAUCAAUUGAUGUGUUGUUUUUCCUCCACUUUACUUAAUCAUCUAGUUUCUUCAGUUUUGCAUAUUAUUUCUAAAUCAUAAAUAUAAUUUAAUAAUUUUAUAAUUAAAUUCCUAAUUUCUAAGUAGACAAAUUUGCAUGUAUGUAGUAUGUAUUUAAAAAUUGAUUCAGUUCUAAGUGAAGCUUGAAAGCACAUUAAUUGUAUUAAACAAAACAAAUCUCUUUGUAUAUCUCAACGCAUCCGAUAAUACGAUCAUAGUAACAUAUACGUGUAUUGUUAACAAUAAUGUUCAAUUUCCAUAUUAAUCGAUGCGAUUUAUUUACUUUGGCUUUCUAUUUAAACACGAUCUAGUAUUAAAGUUUAUGUUUAAUUUACAAAUUUUCAUUUAAGGUUUGCAAAACAUUUUAAUGUGAUAUUAUUUUAAGCACAUAGAAAGCAAUACAACACCAACACACACAAAUGAAAAGGAAAUAGAUUUCCUACACAUACAUUUAAUAUUUUAUGUUGCUUCUUUAUUAGCUCAACUGGUAUUUUAAUUCUCUGAAAAAUAAAUGUUUGCAAUUUUAAAUCACAUGUAAA